AUGGCUGACGUUCGCACUCAACUUCUUAACUCGAUGGAUUCGGUUCAUCUGGGAGUAACUCAGGCCGACAAACAAGCGGGCGUUGACUUCUACAAACAGUAAGUUCUUGACACACAAUGUUACCGAAAUACAUAUAAUUUUGCAUGGAGCACUACCUUAUUUAUUUGUUUGUAGCCUUUUCACCAGCGCCCCUCAAGUCCGCCAAUACUUCAAAGGAGCUGAAAACUACACCGCCAACGAUGUCGAAACCAGCGAAAGAUUCCACAGACUCGGCCGUCGUCUUAUUCUUGCCCUCCACUUCAUUGCAUCCAACGCCGACCAUCCAGAGACCAUCAAAGCCUACGCCCGGGAGCAAGCCAUCUUCCACCAUGGCUUCAAAAUGGACCCCGCUCUCUGGAAGGCCUUCUUGGACAUCUGGAUCGCCUUCUUGAAUCAGAAGGGCCCUGUUCCUCAAGCCACUAUUGAUGCCUGGUCCAAGACAUGGCCCAUCUUUGCUGAGGAACUAGUCAACCACGACAAGACUCUUUAA